AUAAUUGUCGAGUGGCACGUGAGCUGCGGUUUAACAGCCCUAUAAAAAUUUCAGUUAAUUCUUCAAUAACGCUCUUAAAAGUGGAUUUUCAUAUCCAACAAUGACUUCCGUCAAUAGUGACUCCGCUUGGUUCAACGAAAAUGAAAUGUAAUGGUGUUUUGCUCACGUGCUUAUGUGAAAAGUAAGAGUGACGUUCCAUCCCAAGUUUGGUUAGGAUUGACCUCUCGAAAACGCGGGAGAUGGUUACAAUUAAUUUUUCCAUUAAUUCUAUCAUUUAAAUCAUCCAUAAUUCCCUCUCUGCUGGCAACCACCUCCGUAUGUAUAUUUUAACGAGCAAUUUUUAAAUAAUGGAAGUGUCAGAGCAUUUAUUAUUAAGUUGUGCGCCCAUCAUCGGGACAGUACUUGCCACCACAACUGCUGUUAUGAUAAUAAUUAAUAAAUUACGAUUACGGUGGCCCGUGAAGGUAAAUUGUUGGUUUUGCAAUAGCGACACGAAAAUAUGGAGAUCAGAGACAGACUGGUGGCAGUGUCCAUCGUGUGAUCAGUUCAACGGCUUCACCAAUGAUGGCGAUUACAAUUACGACAUCCCCGAGCAGCGGAGAAGAUCCUUAAACGAUAUGAGUGUUUACUCAGCCUCCUGCAGAGCUGAAAAAUCCCAAAUGAAGAAUGAAGGGACUCUCUGCAGAAAUUGCAAUCGCAACGAAGAGUUUAAGCUAUGCCAGAUGCGCCUACUCGAUCCCCUGAGUUUAUCACAGAAAGAGAUUAAAAAGUGUCGACAAUCUCUCGAGAAACAGUACCCACUCUGCAGAAGAUGCAAUUCACUUGUCAAGAGCGUUUUACAAAGGCAAUCUGUCUGGCUGACUCAGUACAAAAUGCUGAUUUUUAAACAGAGACCCAUAAGUCUCAUUAUUAAGAAUUCCGAAAAGUUGGAGAAACUUUGCAGAAUUAUUUUAAUUAUAUUGAGCUCGUUGAUCAUUGGCUAUCCCAUGGUGCAGUCGUUGGCCAUUGUGGGAGCUGUGCUGCAGCUAUUCAGUAUCACGAGAUAUUUCAACUCUAGAAAUAGCCAUAACCUGUUCUUGGUUGUGAUCUGGCUGGGGGUGUGCUGGCUUAUGCCAUAUUGGGGCGAGUGUCUGGUGAAGUUCAAGUGGAGAAGCCAGUGGCUGCCGUUGGAGUACAUCACUGGCUAUCAAGUUAUAACGAUUGCAUCCAUCCUCUUGGGAUUCAUCAAUGCAACAUCCAGAACAUCCCCUAACGGCCUUAAUUUGUCGUUCAAAAAAAUCGAGACAUCGAGUUCAAAUAAUAACUUGUCAUCGAAUUCCUCGAUAGAUGAAUUUGACAACUACCUGGAUAGAAACGACAUGGGGAUCCAAGAGAAGAAGUCCCCGGUGGAUAUCACCCAUUUGUUAACCUCCCCAUCCCACCUGGAAUCACCAGCACCGAUUAAGCCAGUUCUGACUUCCAAUUUCAAAAUUUGUAACAGUCAACUUGGUUUGGCAAGUUUCGACAGUCAAUCAGAUAACUUGGAACUGUUGGAGAAACGCUCGGAGUCGUAUAAUGACAAGGUUUGUCUGAACGACAGCGUGAGAACACUCAGCAAUCUUUCUCUCAACGGAAGAGAGGAGAAAAUCAGUAUCAGUGGUUCUAAAGUCUUCGAAACUCGAACAUAUGGGACCACGAGUCCUGAUUUAUUCAAGAGAAACUUCCAGACAUCCAAGAAAUUCAUACUGUCGCCACCGAAACUGAAGUCAGCGACGCAGAACUCGUGGGUGGCUGGGGGAUACUGGCAGAUGGGAAUAGACAGGCCCACGUUGUCUCGAUCCUCCAGCCAGAGCUCAGGAUUCGGCUCCACAGGCUCCAACUUCGCCUCGUCGAGAGAAGCUUCUGUUGUCAAUGAUGGUGACAGGUAUUCAGUGAUGUCUGACACGACUCUCUGCUGCAAUUACAUCAAUAACGGCAGUCCUGUAAAUUCAUUUUGCCAGUACACGUCAUCACCCUAUAGGCUGAUGGGGCCUGAGAUCCCAAUCUGCAUCAGUCCUUCUCCAAGUCUCCUGUCGAAUGGAUCUUGUGGGCAGGUAUCGCAACGCACUCUUUGUCACAGCCACCACGAUCAGCUCAUCAAGAACAGCCCAGGGGUAAUGCAACAGAUACCUGAAAAGCCUGUCUGCUUCAAUCAUCCCACUACAGUGUUCACCAGUCCUGUGUGGUUACCCGCACUUGUAUGCGGGUCACUCGUGUUCAAUGUCAUCAUCUUCUGUACUAUUUUAUUGCGCUAAUUGAGAGCUUGAGGGUUCAAUGGAUAGAACAGUACUCUGAUAAUGAUUUAUAGGUCUUCCUAACGGAUUAAUCCAUUACUGGGCAAUGAAGUGUUGAACGGAGAGAAGCUAGUUCUGACUAUUGAUCAGUUUUCAAUUAAUAUCUCGGGAGCCACUUAACUGCCGCAAUCAAAUAAUUAUAAAAACUAGCGUACUUCUAUAUUGUCUUUUUUUUUUUUUUUUUUGUUGAAAAUACUGCCAACCGAUUGUUAUUCAUGAAAAUCGAGGAAUGAUGUAAAUAGGUCUUAGGAUAUUCCAUAAUGCGAUUAAGUGCAUCUCAAUAAAUAAUUUUGAAGGAUAUUGAUAGAUGGAUACACUCGAAAACUUGUGAUACCUAAAACUAUCUUAAUGUGUGUUCACUAGGAUAAGCGGAUACGGGUAGAGGAAUCAUUGAUACUUUGGAAACGCUAUUGAAUCGUGUGAUGGAGUCAAAUAUACAUGAGCUUUUUUAUUAAUUUUGUUAGUCAUGAGUAAUGAUAAAGCUGCAGCAGAUAAUUAGUACUUGAGAAUCUUCUUUUUGUAACAAUUUGCAUUUCUAUGUAUUCAUUACUGCAGUACUUCCAUAUACUAAUGACAAUAUGGAAGACUCCAGUUAUAUUAGAAUUUUUUAAAUAUUUCCUAUGACGCCAAGUCGACCUUGGUUGGAGCUCAUGGAACAAAAUAAUGAGAAAUGCGUUCCAUGUGGUCCAAGGUCUGGUCUUUAUUUUGAGGAAGAUUUUGCAAUGCAUCUUCUAUACGAAUAGGACCGAAUAAAAAAUCACAAACAUUCUAA